UAUGUCUUUGAUUCAUAAGACGUCCAAAGAGCUUAAUGAAACAUCUUAUAAAAAAAAUAAGCUCAUUGGUAUUAUGUAAUCUAACUCAGAAAUAACUUAGAUUGAUGAAAAAGUAAAUUCAUAAUCUAACUUACUUUAUAGAUACUAAAAUAGAGAAACAAAAAAUUCAUAAUACAAAAAUAACUACAGCCCAAAUAGUAAAUAUAACAAUAAAUCCUUAGUUUUAGAUAAUUCAACUUUAAUAUUGUUGACGGAGAAAUGUUAAAUAGAAUCAAUUAUGAAGGCUCCUUAUAUAUAGAGUAUGUAAAAAUAUUACUGAA